UGAAUAUGUUCAGACAGAAGGUCUAGAAUAUUCCAAUCACGAACAACUCUGGAUGAAACAAAACUUACCAAAUUAGUACGUCAGGUUGAUUCUUCAGACCAUUCUACCCCUCGUCAUCCCGCUGGCAAAAUAUUCUGCGAAAUUGCAAAUUCCGUCACUGUUUUCCCUUUUAAUUUUCAACGGAACCACUUCUGGGAGCUUUUUCAAAAAUUUCGUAAAUCCCUAACCCCGUCGUGCCAUCCCCGACUUGCUCCAUCCUCCAGUUUUAAUUUAAUUUAGUUUUGGUGUGAAUGCCGUGAUUUCGCACUCUUUGGGAUCAAUUGAUUCUGCCGUGACGAGGGUUUCCCCAAUUUUGCGUUGCAGGGGAAGAUGAGCAGGGGAUCAGUAGAAUCCUCUCAACCCAGGCCUCGUACUGGGGCAAAGACACUGAGAAGGAGCAGGAAUAGAAUGGGUAGAAAUGGCGGAGAUGAUGACAUUGUUUUCAUUGAUGAUGUUGACAACGAGGGUUUUGACGGUGUGGUAAUUAUUGAUGUUCCGGAAUCGCUGCCAAAAAAGCAUCGUAGUUCAAGAUUGUCAAUUAAAAACAAAAACGGUUCUCUGGCAACUGUUAUCUGUCUGGAUGAUGAUGAAAAUUUUGAUAGUAAUAAUGCUCAAACUGGUAUGCAAGUUGAUGGGAAUCUGAAUAAUGGUGCCUCUACUAGUAAGAACUCUCGGCAUGCAUCUGGCCAAGUCGGAAGGUCCUCACAUGCUGUUGCCGAUGAUUAUGAAUUUAUUUACGUCUCUCCCGUAAAAUUGGCUAAAGGGAAACGAACUUAUUCUGGAAAAGGCACAUCCGACAGAGAUUAUAUUGAUUGUGACUUGGUGGUAGAUUCCUUGAGUGUUCGCGAGCAGUGGGAGAAAGCUUUUUGGAGAAGAAAAAAUGAUACUCGCAAUGGUCAGUCUGGUACUGGACACCCUGAAAGCAAAGGUCAUGAAAAUGUUAAUGCUAGUGUACAUGAUCAGCAUGAAGAAUAUAUUUUUAUGGGGAAUGAUAAUGAAACGGAACCUGCCACAGCUCAUCCAAUUCGAAAAGAGAAGUAUGGUGCAAGCUACAACACCGUGGAUGACAGAAAAGGUUACACUCCACAUGAUCAACAUGAAGAAUAUAUUUUUAUGGGGAAUGAUAAUGAAUCAGAACCUGCCACAGCUCAUCCAAUUCGAAAAGAGAAGUAUUGUGCAAGCUACAACACCGUGGAUGACAGAAAAGGUGACCCUCCACAUUAUCAACAUGAAGAAUAUAUUUUUAUGAAGCGGAAUGAUAAUGAAGCGGAACCUGCCACAGCUCAUCCAACUCGAAAAGAGAAGUAUGUGGAUGACAGAAAAGGUGACACUCCACAUGAUCAACAUGAAGAAUAUAUUUUUAUGAAGCGGAAUGAUAAUGAAACGGAACCUGCCACAGCUCAUCCAAUUCGAAAAGAGAAGUAUGGUGCAAGCUACAACACCGCGGAUGAGAGAAAAGGUGACCCUCAGUAUGCAAAUGAAGGUCCUCCAGAAUCGGAUUCAAACAGCAGAAUGAGUUUAGGCGAUCAAUUGGACGAUGAAGAUGACUCUGAGGGAUCCAUCAUGGGUGAAAGGGAAAAGUUAAAAGAAACCGAUGAAUACAAGAAAGCACUAGAGGAAGAAUUGGCUUCUAGGCAACAAGCUUUGCGGGCUCAGGCUGAAGAAGCACAAAACAUGCGGCGGUUGCUGAAGAGAGAGAAAGCAGAAACUAUGCGCUUGCUAGACAUGGAGAGAAGGCAGAAACAGCGAAUAGAAGAAAUAAGAGAAACUCAAAAGAAGGAUGUGGAGGAUAUGAAUUUGAAGGAGGUUAUACGUGUUUCUGUCAGAAAAGAGCUUAAUCAACUAGAAAAAUCAUGUUACAGUAUGGCAUCACUGUUGCAAGGCCUGGGAGUUCUUGAUGCUGGGCCAAUUCCACCCGCGAGUCAAGUCCGCUUGGCCUACAAAAAAGCUUUACUGACUUUUCAUCCGGAUCGAGCUUCAAGGUCUGAUAUUCGACAACAGGUCGAGGCUGAGGAGAAAUUUAAGCUUAUAGCACGUAUGAAGGAGAAAUUUUUGCUGCCAGUGUGA